UGAAUAUAAGUAGUAUGUUGGUUACUUAGUAGUUGUAUCAAGACGGGUCGAGUCUUCGAUCGAAAUAAUUUUUCAAGAAUUUGUCAUGGCUUUUGGAGAUUAUCCCGCUGAAUAUGACAGAGCAAAACAUGGUCCUUAUGAUCCAGCACGUUACUAUGGAAAACCCGAUACUUCCUUUUGUGACGUUAAAUUAGGUGAACUUGGAGCUUGGAUUCGUAGAAGAAAUUUUCAUCCUCAAGCUAUGGUAUCAGCGUGCUCUCGAACAUUCUGGCGUUGGCAACAUAAAUAUGUAUUUCCUGAACGUGCUGGUAUAGCUCCAUUUUUCCAAAUGGCAGUGGGAUUGUCAGUACUUUUCUAUGUAUUAAAUUACCCGAGAAUUAAAACUCACAAAAAUUACAAAUACCAUUAAAUUAAUAAUCUAAAUUCUUAUAUGAAGUUCAGCCAAUAUAGUCAAUUUGGCAUCAAACAAUUACAUGUAUAUUUAUCCGCCUGUAUAGGAAAGUCCAAAUCUAGAAUGUAUAUUAAAUAAAAAUAAAAAUUCUUUAAAUAUA